AUGUCGGUGCUCAAGACACUCGUCAUCAACCCACGCUCGGGCGUCAAGCCCACUGCGACCCUCUUCUUCUUGCAUGGUCUUGGAGACUCGAGUGCCGGCUGGUCUGACGUCGCACAGAUGCUCUCGCAGCGCCCUUCGCUGUCGCACGUCCGUUUCGUUCUGCCGAAUGCUCCCAUCCAGCCAGUGACGCUCAACAUGGGCAUGCCAAUGCCUUCGUGGUUCGAUAUCCUUGCCCUCGACGACCUGUCGGGAGCCGAAGAUGAAGCUGGCCUGCUCAAGUCGACCGACGAAAUCAAGAAGCUCAUCAAGGCCGAGAACGACGGGACUGCGAAGGACCUAGAUGGACACAAGAUCCCCAGCGAACGUAUUGUGGUAGGCGGCUUCAGUCAAGGCGGCGCAAUUUCGCUUCUCACCGGUCUCACCAAUCCCACCCCGGUGGCAGGUGUUGCCGCACUCUCGACGUGGCUACCCCUGCGUGCCAAGAUCGCCACCCUGCGAACUCCCACAUCCAAGACGCUCAAGGUGUUUCAGGCUCAUGGGGAUGCAGAUCCCGUGGUCAAGUACGAGUAUGGUCAACGAACCGUCGAUUUCCUCAAAAACGAAUUGGCACUGAACGACAAAGAUGUUGAAUUCCACACUUAUCCGCGCAUGCCGCACUCGGCGUGCCCCGAAGAGAUCCGUGACCUGGCUGCCUUUUUGGAGAAAGUCAUUCCCGCUCAGUAG